CACGGUGGGGCGCCGAGGCCGGCCGAGGUCCAAAAGGAGAGGAGGGCCCGCAUCGGUUGUCAUGGGGACGGCGCCGUAGGCAGGCGCUGACGUCGGCUGGAGGCGCGCUGCCAGCCCUGCGGCACCCGGCGGGUACUCAGAGCCUGGGAGGCGGGCGGCUGGGGUGGCUGGGUGGCUAUUUCACUCCCAGCCCGCCCCGCACGGUCCGGGUGGUGGCUCCCUAGGGGCCCGUUGUCGGCAGUUCUGCGCCCUCUUCUGUGAUCCUGACUGAAUCAGUGCUUUAUACUAUCACUCAAUGCUCUCCGUAAAGCUGAGAUAUGCCCACUGUUGAGAGUGAAGCUAAAGUGAAGACCAAAGUUCGCUUUGAGGAGUUGCUUAAGGCCCACAAUGAUCUAAUACGUGAAAGAAAAAAAACGAAGAAAAAAAUUGUCCAAUCUGGAGAAAAAAUCUCACUUGAUGCUGUUACAAGCAGUCUUCAGAAAAUCAGGGAAACUGAAAGUGAUGCUAUAACUGCUGCUAACACUAAGAACCCAGAGAACAGUAAAACAGUAGCUAAAACCAAACCAAGGGAUCCGCAGCCAGCAUCUGAAGACCCAGAAAAUGAUGUUCGUGUGGAGGAUGACAAGCAAGAAAAGGCAAAUAAAAAGGUUACGAAAACCGCGCUCCAGGUGACUGCACGAGAGACGGAGCCAGAAGCUCCUGAGAAGGGAGAUGCGACGCCUCAGAAAACGCGGACUAAGCCACAGCCAGGAGUGGCUCGUGACAAAGGUGGAAAGGCCAAGGAGGAAGGAGAAGACAGUGGUUUAGAUGAGGAACAGCUGAUGCAGGUAUACCAGCUCCAGGUAGCUGAAGAAAUGGCAAAGGAGAUUAAGAAGAAAAUCCGAAAGAAACUCAAGGAGCAGUUGUCUUACUUUCCCUUAGAUUCUUCAUUGCAUGAUGACAAAUUGAGUGGUGAAAAACGAAAGAAGAAAAAAAAGAAAGUUCCCACCUUGUCUAAAUCUCAAACAAGUACAUCGAUCAUCUCUGAUGACCCAGUUGAAGGUGAACAAAAGAAAGAAUCUCCAGUUGGAGCAGUUACUUCAGAGACUCAUCAGGAUGAUGAUAUGAGCUCAAAGGAACAAAAUGUAGAAGACAACAUGCAAGAUGACACAAAAUCCAGACUGAAAAAAAAGAAAAAGAAGGCUAAAACAGAUGAUAACGAAGAUACUGAUGGUGAUGGUGUUCAUGAAAUAACAAGCCGUGAUAGACCAGUUUAUCCCAAAUGUUUGCUUGAUGAUGACCUUGUCCUGGGAGUUUACAUUCACCGAACUGAUCGACUUAAGUCCGAUUUUAUGAUUUCUCACCCAAUGGUCAAAAUUCAUGUUGUUGAUGAGAAUACUGGUCAAUAUGUCAAGAAAGAUGAUAGUGAACGGCCUGUUUCAUCUUACUAUGAAAAAGAGAGUGUGGAUUAUAUUCUUCCUAUUAUGACCCAGCCGUAUGAUUUUAAACAGUUAAAAUCAAGGCUUCCAGAGUGGGAAGAACAAAUUAUAUUUAAUGAAAACUUUCCCUAUUUGCUUCGAGAUUUUGGUGAGAGCCCUAAAGUCAUCCUGUUCUUUGAGAUUCUUGAUUUCUUAAGCAUGGAAGAAAUUAAGAAUAACUCUGAAAUUCGAAACCAAGAAUGUGGCUUCCGGAAGAUUGCCUGGGCAUUUCUCAAGCUUCUAGGAGCCAAUGGAAAUGUAAACAUCAAUUCAAAACUUCGCUUGCAACUGUAUUACCCACCUACUAAGCCUCGAUCCCAGUCAAACGUUGUUGAGGUUUUUGAGUGGUGGUCAAAAUGUCCAAGAAAUCAUUAUCCAUCAACGUUGUAUGUAACUGUAAGAGGAUUGAAAGUUCCAGAAUGUGUAAAGCCAUCUUACCGUUCUAUGAUGGCUCUUCAGGAAGAAAAGGGUAAACCAGUGCACUGUGAGCGACACCAUGAGCCAAGUUCAGUGGACACAGACCCUGGAUUAGAGGAUUCAAAGGAAGUGGUGAAGUGGAAACGGUUGCCUGGGCAGGCCUGCCGUAUCCCAAACAAGCACCUCUUCUCACUAAAUGCAGGAGAGCGAGGAUGCUUUUGUCUUGCUUUCUCCCACAAUGGAAGAAUAUUAGCAGCAGCCUGUGCCAGCCGGGAUGGAUAUCCAAUUAUUUUAUACGAAAUUCCUUCUGGACGUUUCAUGAGAGAAUUGUGUGGCCACCUCAAUAUCAUUUAUGAUCUUUGCUGGUCAAAAGACGAUCGUUAUAUUCUUACUGCAUCAUCCGACGGCACUGCCAGGAUAUGGAAAAAUGAAAUAAACAAUACAAAUACUUUCAGAGUUUUACCUCAUCCUUCUUUUGUUUACACGGCUAAAUUCCACCCAGCUGUAAGAGAGCUGGUGGUGACAGGAUGCUAUGAUUCUGUGAUACGUAUAUGGAAAGUUGAUAUGAGACAGGAUCCUGCCGUAUUGAUCCGACAGUUUGACAAUCACAAGAGUUUCAUCAACUCUCUCUGUUUUGAUAUUGAAGGUCACCACAUGUAUUCAGGAGACUGCACAGGGGUGAUUGUUGUUUGGAAUACGUAUGUCAAAGUCAAUGAUAUACAACACUCAGUGCGUCACUGGAGCAUAAACAAGGAAAUUAAAGAGAGUGAGUUUAAGGGAAUCCCGAUAAGUUACUUGGAGGUUCAUCCCAAUGGAAAACGUUUAUUAAUUCAUACCAAAGACAGUACUUUGAGAAUUAUGGAUCUCCGAAUAUUAGCAGCAAGGAAAUUUGUAGGUGCAGCAAAUUAUCGAGAGAAGAUUCAUAGCACUUUGACACCAUGUGGGACUUUUCUCUUUGCUGGAAGUGAGGAUGGUAUAGUAUAUGUUUGGAACCCAGAAACAGGAGAGCAAGUAGCAAUGUAUUCUGACCUACCAUUCAAGUCACCAGUUCGAGACAUUGCUUAUCAUCCACUUGAAAAUAUGGUUGCAUUUUGUGCAUUUGGGCAGAAUGAGCCAAUUCUCCUAUAUAUUUAUGAUUUCAAUGUUGCCCAGCAGGAGGCUGAAAUGUUCAGACGUUACAAUGGAACCUUUCCAUUACCUGGAAUACACCAAAGUCAGGGUGCUUUAUGCACCUGCCCUAAACUGCCUCGUCAAGGAUCCUUUCAGACUGAUGACUGUGUUCCCACUGAACAUUCUUCAGUGAAGAUGCAACAAGUGAAACAGAAAAUCGAUUCUGUCACAGAGGUGAUACAAGCCUGUGCAGCGAAGGUCAACAAAAAUCUCUCAUUCACUUCAACAUCAGCCUCCUCACAGCAGUCUAAGUCAAAACAAUCAAACGUGCUGGACGCUCAUCAGAUUCUGCGUCAGUUCGGUUUCACUCAAACCGGGAUUAUGAGCAUAGAAAGAAAGCCUUGUAACCACCAUGCAGAUACAGCACCAACGGUAGUGGCUCUUUAUGACUACACAGCGAAUCGAUCAGAUGAACUAACCAUCCAUCGCGGAGACAUUAUCCGAGUGUUUUUCAAAGAUAAUGAAGACUGGUGGUAUGGCAGCAUAGGAAAGGGACAGGAAGGUUAUUUUCCAGCUAAUCAUGUGGCUAGUGAAACACUCUAUCGAGAAUUGCCUCCAGAAGUAAAGGAGCGAUCCCCUCCUUUAACCCCUAAGGAGAAAGCCAAAAUGGAAAAAGCUCUUCCAGCUCCGCAGAAGCAGUCAUUCAAGUCCCAGGAUUUCAGACUGAGCUCAGAGUCUAUGGCACAUUCUGAAGCGGGCAGAGAACAGAGCCAGGAGGACCGAGGACAUGUCAUGGACACACAGGGGAAGGAGACGGAGCAAACCAGCUGGAAAGUCACCCUCAUCGAGUAAAGAGUUGAAGAAUGAAGAGGAAAAGAACCAAACAUAUAGAAAGGAAGUGACAAAUUAAACCAGAUGGAAUUUCUCUUCAGAGUUCAGAAAUUUCAGAUGGCCAGGAAGAAAGGAUCUACUACGUUUUAUCCUUAUGAAAGAAUCUAGAAAAAUCAGAAGCAAGGUAUGAGUGGAAAGGUAAAUGUGGCCUUUUGAGCUUGUUAUAAACCAUCGUGUUUGUUGUUGAUCAAAAUAAUGGCACUUGUGUUUAUUAGUAAUUGCAUCAAAAUUACAUUACCAUUGUUGGAAAAUCAAUAAAGAAAAACUAUAAUUGCUACUCAGCAAAUACGAAGAAAAAGUGUUGGUAUUUCUAGAAUGUUUGCUAAGUAAUCAUUUAAUAUUAUUAUAUCUGUAAUGUGGUUAUAUGUGUGAUGUUAUGCUCAGAAUUGAAAUAUAUGCUAUUGAAACUUAACUUUAUUUAAAAUAAAGAUAAGCAGCUUCAGGAUUUUGUAUAUUCAAAAUGUUCCAAAUAAGAAAGGCAUUAAAAGGUAACAUGUGUUUGUUUUGAAUGAAUCGUAUGUAUUAACUUGAUACACAUAAACUAAAAGUGACUUUUGGCUAGACUGGCAACAGUUUUCCAAAUAGUUUUUUACUUUUUAAAAAAAGGCAUUUCAUGUUGAAGCAUGUGAGUGAUUUGUAGACUUAAAUUGUUUUAAUAUUUAUUUUAGUCUUAACACAUGUUUUUAAAUUUUUACAUUGGAUUAUUUAUUCCUUUAGUUUCAGAGUAACAGUGUCAUAUUUGACUAUGUAUUUUGAAGUGUGAGGUUAUAAAAUAGGAAAUUUCAUCUCUUUGUGUUUCA